AUGCGUGAGAUCUGGCAUGACCUCUGCUGCCAAGGCCAGAUUGACGCCAACACGAUGUGGACAUCAAUGCCAUUAUCCAUCAAGAAGAUAUUUCGUACUGAAAUUGCUGGUGCACACAACGAGCUUGCCCUUUGCGAAGACUUGUGGAAAGCUGAUAACCUAGCCAAGCACAAGCACAAAGCAGAUGCGAAGUUGGAGACAACUGAUGUCAACAACAAGCAUACCAAAGUUGAUGCAGGUUUACCUGAAGACAUUUCCUUUGAUGCAGAAAUCAGUCCUUUAUCUGUGUCACCGUUGGCUGAUGUUUCUUCGGAUUUUUCUGAGGCAUCUACCAGUACUUCGAACCCCAAGUCAAACCAUAGUGGCUUUUUCGAGCCGAAAGCCCGAGAAGCUCGCCCUUUGCCUAAGAUUAAGGAUGUACUGGUAUCUUUGGCUUGGGUUGUCUGUGCCAUUGCACCACUUGGGCCUCCCACUACUUCCCCAGCUGAGCAUGUUGGCUCGUCUGUAUCUCAAAUGGUCGCUCCAGCGGUCACUCCAAUGAGUGCUGGCUCGUCUGUAUCUAUCACUCCAACAGUCACUCCAAUGAGUGAAUCGGUUUGCCCCCCUCCACAGACUUCCCCUGCAGAGGCCAGUGGCGCUGCCAAUGUCACUAACACCAUAACUGUUCCGCCCCCUUCACAGCCUUCAUCCACAGUUACCAGUGACCUGACAUCAACAGCUUCCGAGACACUCGGACCAAGCAAGAAGAAGGCUUGGCACCCUGGGUCAAACAAAAGUGCAUGGACACUGUGUGCCCACCAGUGGCUCAAGAUGGUUUCUCCAAAUGGCACACAGGAGGAACUCAAUACAUAUUACAAUCAACUUCCUACAGAGACAAAGGAGAAAUACAAAGAGGAAUACAGGAAACUCCAAAGUCAAGUUCUGCUGCCCUCCCAAGCUUCAAACACACUCCCUGUCUUCUCAGCUGCACCUGCCAUGGUUAAUGAUGAAGCAAUGGAACCAUUGAUCUUUUCACCCUCUCCUUCAUCAGCUGAAGAACUUGAGAGCCCCCUUCCAUUACCAUCUCAUGUACCAACACUUGGGACUCUUUGGGAAGCCACUCAGAUGAUGUAUUGA